AUGUCUAACCAAAUUCGCACUAUCUCUCCUUCUACGCACGAGGUCAUCUUUGACCAGCCUGGCACUUCUUUGGAAGAGGCCAUCCAAGUUGCAUCGGACUCGAAGACAGCCUUUGAGUCAUGGCGUACCUCUUCAUUGGAUGACAGAAAGAGCAUCGUGAAGCGCGCAUUGGAUAUCGUUGCAAAGAACAUCGAUGAGCUGUCCAAAGAUCUCACCACUCAAAUGGGCCGGCCAAUUAGGUACUGCGCCGCGGAGAUCAACACAAUGCGUCUCCGCGCUGAGUACUUGAUGGAUAUCGCCGAAGAGAGUAUCUCAGAUUUACCUGGUCGGCCCGAGGCUGGUUUCCGACGCAUGGUCAAGCGUGUACCCGUUGGACCAGUUCUGAUUGCAGGCACUUGGAAUUACCCAUUCUUGACCACAAUCAGCGCACUUGUGCCUGCACUUUUGGCUGGCAAUAGUGUUAUCUUCCGACCUUCACCACAGACACCAUUGUUUGGAAACCGGAUGUUAGAGAUAUUUACAGAAGCUGGACUUCCUACACACGUUCUUCAGGUUAUUCACAUUGGAAACCUGGAUGUACUUGAUAAAGUUGUGCAGAUCCCUCAAAUCCAGUCUGUUUCUUUCACCGGCUCAACCGCAGGAGGUAUCAGAUUGAGAGAGGCAACUGCCCGCCACAUCAAGCCAGUUAACCUUGAACUUGGUGGAAAUGACGCUGCCUAUGUCCGGGAAGAUGUCGACGUCAAGAACGUUGCAGAGAAUCUUGUGGAUGGGGCGGUAUUCAACUCUGGACAGAGCUGCUGUUCCAUUGAGCGGGUCUAUGUACACGAGAAGGUUUACGAUGCUUUUGUUACUGCUGUGCAGGAGGAGCUGAAGUCCUAUAAACUCGGCGAUCCUCAUGACCAGAGCACAACCACUGGUCCCGUCAUUUCAGCUCAAGCUGUUAAGAACAUUGGCGCCCACGUCAAGGACGCCUUGGACAAGGGAGCUGUCAAUGCGACACCUGAGAACUCAAGCUUCCAGGUGGCCAGCAACCCUCAAACACAGAAAGGAAACUUUGUUGCUCCUGUUGUGCUGACCGGUGUCAACCACACCAUGCGCACUAUGAAGGAGGAAACAUUUGGUCCAGUCAUGCCUAUUAUGAAGGUAUCUGGUGAUGACGAGGCUGUCACCCUGAUGAAUGAUAGUGACUAUGGGUUGACUGCCAGUGUCUGGACAAAGGACAUGGCCCGUGGUGAGGAGUUGCUUGAGCGUCUUGAGGCCGGUACAGUCUUUAUCAAUCGCUGCGAUUACCCAUCUCCGGAUCUCGCUUGGACCGGUUGGAAGCAGUCGGGCUUGGGAUGCACUCUUGGUCCCCGAGGCUACGAUGGGUUCACCAAGCUGAAGAGCUAUCAUAUGAAAGAUGCCUCUGCUUGA